AUGGGCCUAGUAAGCGGUGUUGCGAAAGUCCUCCGGACAGCGCAGUUUUACCUAUUGACAGUCUCGUUCUAUUUCGCCACCACCUUCCUCAUCAUCCUAUAUGUCAUACUCACACUACCACUGUACCUAUGGGACAAGCGUAUUGUCUGCAAAGUCACCAACCGGAUGCUAAGCUACUGCUUCUAUCUAUCGGCUAUCGUCCUUAACUGCGCGUGGAAAUGUACCAUAUUGAAUGAUCUACCAGAAGAUUAUAAGAAGAAACCACGUAUAUUGAUGUUUAAUCAUCUCUCGUCAGCCGAUCCAUUCCUAGUCACCUCUAUUGGAAUCAGGACACCGAUCAUAUGCACAUACAAGGAUGCGAUACACCAUAUACCCACCGUAAAAAUAGCGCUCACGUGGUCUGGACAUCUGCCUAUAAAGUUCACGUAUGACAAGGUUAAUGACAAGAAGAUAGCAUUUAGAGACAGCGUAAAACAAGUAAUGAGGGAUUGCAAACUAGGAAUCGAAAAUGGGUUCAAUUUAGCAGUUUACCCAGAGGGUAAACGCAGCAGAGACGGUGUCCUCCAAGAAUUCAAAGAUGGCUUUUUCAGGUUCGCAGUUGAACACGGAGUUGAAAUAUUACCAUGCGCAAUAAGCAACUCUGCUAGUUUGUGGCCCUUAGCGAGUAGCUUCUUUAUCGGCCAUGGCCAUGCUUUCAUUAACAUAGGGAAGCCAAUCGACCCCAAGGGCAAAACAGUAGAGGAGCUUAAGAACGUCACAAGAAGGGCCAUAUAUGAUGCACUGAAACAGUGUCCAACCUUCAACCCUGAGUUGGAAACCGUACAGGAACUUGAGCAUACGUAG